AUGAACGUGACAGACGUCUACGAGGGACUAAACCCAACGUUUUCUGAAGGAAACGCCUCUGACGUCGGAGGCCGGGGCGUCCGCCCUCUGGAGAGAUCCAUCGACCUGGCCCUCAGCUGCUUCACCGUGGUCGUCCUGGUCAUCACGAUGGUUUCCCUCGGCUGUUCGAUGGAGGUCUCCAAAAUGAAAGCCCACAUCCUCAAGCCGAAAGGGAUCGGCAUCGCGCUGCUGGCUCAGUUCUUCAUCAUGCCGCUCACCGCCUUCUCCCUGUCCAAAGUCCUGCAGCUGAGCCCCAUCAAGGCCGUGACGGUGCUCAUCGCCGGCUGCUGCCCUGGAGGAACCUUGUCCAACAUCUUCUCCCUGGCCCUGAAGGGCGAUUUGAACCUCAGCAUUGUGAUGACCACCGUCUCCAGCAUAGCGGGCCUGGCUCUGAUGCCUCUGCUGCUCUUCAUCUACAGCCGCGGGUUCCCCGGACUGGAGAAGGCCGUGCCGUACACCGGCAUCAUUUACUCUCUUAUCAUGACCUUGUUGCCCUGUUGUGUCGGCAUCGCCAUCAAUUACUACAAGCCAAACUACUCUCCAUACGUCAAGAAGGUUGGCAUCGGCAUCUUGAUCGUCUCAGGCGUCAUCAUUUUCGCGCUGGCUUAUGUUUCUGUGGGACACCUGCUGUGGAUGAUCGUCACUCCAGACAUCCUCACCGCCGCCGCCCUGUUGCCGGCCAUCGGCUUCGCCUUGGGAUACUUGCUGUCUUAUUUCUGCAGAUUCAAUCCACAAUGCUGCAGAACCAUCUCCAUGGAGACAGGAUGCCAGAACAUCCAGCUGUGCACGACCAUCCUGAAGGUGAGCUUCGACCUGGAGGUGAUCGGCCCCAUGUUCCUCUUCCCGCUGCUGUACAUCACCACCCAGUGCUGCGAGGCGCUCCUGCUCGCCCUGUGCUUCAGAUGCUACGACCGACGGAGGCCGCCGCCUUCGGAUGAACCGCACUUGACUAUCAAAUCCAUCCAGCCUGAGGAGGUGAAGCAACCGUGA